AUGGCGCUCAGCAAGAAAUCAUUGUCGGCUCCCUGCUGCGUCCAAAAACUCUUUCUUCCUCCCACAAAGCUUCCACAUUGUAUACGACACCGUCAGUGGAAAUUGCGCGCUUCGCAGAGUCCAUAUUCAGCUUCCUCGGAAGUAUCGUCAGACGCCUUAGAACAAGCCCUCGGUGAGGAAGAGGAAGUACUUUUGUCAGAAGAAGAUUUUUCAAGUUUGCCGAUAGGAAUUCCGAAGGGUUUCUUUGUAGUAAAGCAAUACACGUUCUCUGCCGAGAAGGACUUCGAUUGGAGCCAACUAGGGAUAGAUCCGAAAGAUGCGGAAAGGCUUGAUCUCUCGCCACGAAACGUGUCCUUACCAAUAGCACUUAUGAUGGCCGAUCCUAUUGACUUUCCUUCUUUUUCUCGUGCACGUAAAGCUUGUCGUAAAGGUAAUGUUUUGAUUCAUCGAGGAGCUCUAAAGAUGGACGAAAAGACUCCAGAGUCAACAAUAUUUGAUCCAUUAAUGUGUGUCCGAGGCCGCGUGGGUGAUCGGUUGUACCCAGGGGACACCGUCGGAAAGCAAGUUCGAAUCGGCAGCGGGUAUUUUCCUGUUUUGAACUAUAAAAAGCCACCCUUUGAGCUUCCAGUCAUAAUCGAAGAUGACCAUUGGGCAUUAGUGAACAAGCCCGCCGGCAUCGUUGUUUACAAUCAAAGAAAUGGAGGACACGGUAUUAUGACCGUAAGGGCUGCGCUUCCCUUUGUUCUCGCACCGCCGAAAGUAGGUACCAUUUCAGUGUUACGGCGACCCGCAUCGGUUCAUCGACUAGACAAACCUACGAGUGGUAUACUUUGCAUUGCCAAAACGAAACCCGCCAUGCUGUGUCUUUCGCGGCAGUUUCAUGACCGUAUAGUGAAGAAAACGUAUUUUGCGGUCAUAAACGGUAUUCCAACCUAUUCGAACGAAUCGAAGAUUUCUUCGAAGACCGCGUACGAACUCGGAGUGGAUGUGGACCCCAAUGAUCUUGAUGAUUGGCAGCUAAUCGACUCCCCUCUCGACGAAAAGAAGGCGGUUACUGUAUGGAGGGUGGUCCGAUCAAUCAAGUCGCUACAUGCCAACGACGGAUAUCUUACACUGGUCGAGUUGAAACCUAAAACAGGGCGCUAUCAUCAGCUGCGACGGCACAUGGCGUGGGUUUGUCAGCGGCCUCUGGUAGGUGACGAUGAAUACGACGGAGGGACCGAGUCUGCCAUGAGGUUUCGCGAUCGUGGUCUCUUCCUGUGUUCGACCCGU